CGCCCCCAGCGAACUCCACCACCUUCUUCUUCCUCCUCCUCCCUUGUCCUGGUCCCGGGUCCCGGCCAACAAACAGCAAGAGGGAAAAGUAGUGACGAGCCAAGGAACCAAUGGAGGACUACUACUACUUCCCCAGCUCCGGGCAGACCGCCGGCUACGUCGAGGCGGGAUUCCCCAGCCACGCCGUGCCUCGCAACCCGAGCUCGCCGUCGCCGAGGCCCCGCCGCGCGUCCCGCGACGCCGGCGAGCUCCGGCACCACUUCCUCGACGCCUGCUUCCGGUGCCGGCGGCAUCUCGGUGGGAACAAGGACAUCUUCAUGUACAGGGGCGAUACUCCGUUCUGCAGCGAGGAUUGCCGGCAGCAGCAGAUCGAGGCCGACGAGGCGAGGGAGAGGGGGCCCAAGCGGCCCGCCGCCGCGAAGAGGGAGCGGCAGCGGCAGAGCAGCAGCCCGCAGAGGAUCCCCCUCUCCCUCUGGGCGCGGUAGAUCGAUCGAUCGAGCUUCGAGUUCGAGCCGGCGGCAUCCAACCGAACCACUACUACUACGACACCCGGGCGCCUGAACUGAUUGGCGCAUGUCGAAUCGUCGAUGCCUCGAGUUCGUGGCACGCAUGUGGCCUCCAGCUAGCUCGUCGGGUGCCAACGAACAAGGCGCGACGAGAAGGUGCCUCUGCAGUUGAGCCAGAGGGGGGCGCGGCUUGCCGGCUUUGUCCCUGUUGUCUCGGAGAAAUGACAGGUCGUCCCUUGGCCCAGUUUUUGUGUGGAUUACCGAAUUAUUAGCGCAGGUUUUUGUUCCGUUGCUCGGCGCGAUCAAGCGCGACCAACUGGGGUUUGUGUGUGUUUUUGUGUGCGAUUGCCAUGUACUACUCCAACAUCCUGUACGAACUAUGAUGAACAAAUACCAUCAAGCGCGAGAUGUGGCUUUUCCAUAUUCA